UUCGUCUUCUUCUCUAUAUCACCCUUUCUUCCUUUGAUCUCCGUUCUUCUUGAUCCUGAUCGUACAAGCUUGAAAUUCUUCACUUUGCCGGUUCAGAUUACUUCUCGGUUACUGGGAAGUGGUCGUCAUCUUGAGCGUUUUUCAAUUUCUGCAAUGCUCUCAGUACCAAGAUGAAGAUGAAGAGGAGGAGGGCGCUAGAAGUGCCUCCAAAAAUUAGAUCGUUCAUCAAUAAUGUUACAUCCGUUCCGCUUGAGGAUAUUGAAGAACCUCUGAAGGGUUUCGUUUGGGAAUUUGAUAAGGGAGAUUUCCAUCAUUGGGCUGACCUCUUCAAUCAUUUUGAUUCAUUUUUUGAGAAGCACAUAAAGUUCAGGAAGGAUUUGCAGGUUGAGGAUAAUUUUUUGGGCUCCGAUUCUCCAUUUCCAAGAGAAGCUGUUCUUCAGAUUCUGCGUGUCAUAAGAAAAAUUUUAGAGAAUUGCACUAAUAAACACUUUUAUAGCUCUUAUGAGCAGCAUCUAUCAUGUCUUCUAGCUUCAACUGAUGCCGAUAUAGUUGAGGCCUGCUUGCAGACUUUGGCUGUUUUUUUGAAGAAAUCUAUUGGGAAGUACACCAUUAGGGAUGCUUCUUUGAACUCAAAGUUAUUUUCUCUUGCACAAGGAUGGGGAGGAAAGGAAGAAGGUCUUGGACUGAUUGCAUGUGCUUUGCAGAAUGGUUGCAGCCAGGUUACUCAUGAGUUGGGUUGCACACUUCAUUUUGAGUUCUAUGCGAUAAAUGAAUCUGGAAGUGAAAUAGAACAGUUGGCCAAAGGUCUGCAAAUCAUUCAUUUAUCUAAUGUCAGCUUCUGCCUAGAAACUGAUUUAGAACUUCUUAGUAAGUUAAUUGCAAGAUUCAAUGUGCCAACUAGUUUGAGAUUUUCUCUUCUGACAAGGAUGCGGUUUGCAAGAGCAUUUCAUUCUCUAUCUGCUCGGCAGCAGUAUACCUGUAUUCGCUUGUAUGCUUUCAUCGUUCUUGUUCAAGCAAGUGGUGAUGCUGAUGAUCUAGUUACUUUCUUUAAUUCUGAGCCCGAGUUUGUAAAUGAGUUAGUGGGCUUAUUAAACUAUGAGGAUGAAGUUCCUGUGAAAAUACGAAUCCUUUGUCUAUUAUCUUUGGUUGCACUUUGUCAAGACCGGUCACGCCAACCAGCUGUGUUGUCUGCAGUGACUUCUGGUGGGCACCGGGGCAUCUUGUCCAGCCUCAUGCAGAAAGCUGUUGAUUCUGUGAUUACUGAUACUACAAAGUGUUCAAUUCUUUUUGCUGAGGCCUUAUUAUCAGUCGUAACUGUUUUGGUCUCGUCAUCAUCAGGUUGCUCAGCCUUGCGUGAAGCUGGCUUUAUCCCUACUCUUCUACCUCUCCUUAAAGAUACAAAUCCACAACAUUUGCAUUUAGUCAGCACUGCUGUACAUAUUUUAGAAGUUUUUAUGGACUAUAGCAAUCCAGCUGUUGCAUUAUUUAGAGACUUGGGUGGAUUGGAUGAUACUAUUUCUCGCCUGAAGGUUGAGGUGUCGCAUUUUGAGAAUGGUUCAAAGCAACAGGGGGAUCAUCUUGAAUAUGAUCGGAGGAAUUGGCAAAUUGGCAUUGCUGCUUCCUCAGAUUUGGAUGACUUGCAGCCUUCCUACUCUGAAGCUUUGCUAUCAUACCGUCGACGAUUGCUGAUGAAAGCUUUACUGCGUGCUAUAUCCCUUGGAACUUAUGCCCCAGGAAAUACUGCCCGCUUUUAUGGUUCUGAAGAGAACUUGUUGCCUCAUUGUUUGUGCAUAAUAUUUAGAAGGGCCAAAGAUUUUGGUGGAGGGGUUUUUUCACUUGCAGCUACUGUUAUGAGUGAUUUAAUUCACAAAGACCCUACUUGUUUUUCUGUCUUAGAUGCUGCUGGUCUUCCUGCUGCCUUUCUUGAUGCUGUAAUGGAUGGUGUUGUCUGCUCUGCAGAAGCAAUAACAUGCAUUCCUCAGUGUCUGGAUGCUUUAUGUCUAAACAACAAUGGCCUUCAGGCCGUCAAAGACCGCAAUGCUUUAAGGUGCUUUGUGAAAAUAUUUACUUCGAGGACUUAUUUGUGUUCCCUUGCUAGUGAUGCUUCAGGAUCAUUAUCUAGUGGGCUUGAUGAACUUAUGCGUCAUGCAUCUUCUCUCCGUGGGCCUGGAGUGGAUAUGCUGUUAGAAAUCUUGACUUCCAUUGUAAAAAUAGGAUCUCCGGUUGAUGCUUCUUGUAUGUCAAUUGAUCCGUCAUGCUCUUCUACUGCAGUUCCCAUGGAGACUAAUGUUGAAGAAAGGAAAUCUGUCCUUUCAGAUGAUAAGGCAACUGCCAAGACGGGAAACUUGGAGCAAAGUGGUGAUGAGCUAUUUCUUGAUCAAUCUAUUACAAAUCCAGAGUCAUUUCUUCCUGAUUGUGUGAGCAACGCUGCCCGUCUUCUUGAAACAGUUCUUCAAAAUGCUGAUGCAUGUCGCAUAUUUGUUGAGAAGAAGGGUAUUGAAGCUGUAUUGCAGUUAAUUUCUUUGCCCUUGAUGCCCCCAUCUGUGUCAGUUGGUCAGAGCAUCUCUAUAGCCUUCAAAAGCUUCUCACCUCAGCAUUAUGCUUCUCUUGCUCGUGUAGUAUGUACAUUUUUGAAAGAGCAUCUGAAAUCAACAAAUGAGUUCUUGAUAUCCAUUAAGGGGUUACAUCUUUCUCUAGUUGAAUCUUCGAAGCAAACUAGGGGUUUGAAACAUCUUUCAUGUCUAGAAAGUAUACUGUGUUUGUGCAACUUUUUGUUGAAGGGGACUACAACUUUGGUUUCUGAACUGGGAAUUUCCGAUGCUGAUAUAUUGAAAGAUAUUGGAUGCACUUACAGGGAAAUAAUUUGGCAAAUUUCUUUGGAUAAUCAUUCAAAAACAGAUGACAAGAAAAGUGCGGAUCAAGAAUCAGAAAGUUCAGAUGCAACUCCUUCAAAUUCUCCUGGAAGAGAGAGUGAUGAUGAUGCAAACAUGCCAGUGGUGAGAUACAUGAAUCCAGUUUCCCUUAGAAAUGGUUCUCAUUUGUGGGGUGGGGAGCGUGAGUUUCUCUCUGUUGUUCACUCUAGUGAAAGUCUCCAUCGCCGUAGUCGACAUGGGUUGCGCUUACGAGGUGGAAGAAGUGGACGAUAUCUAGAGCCUUUUAAUAUUGUUUCUGAAGCUUCUGCUGGAAUUCCAGAGGCAUCAUCUACUCCAGAGUUGAAAAAGAAAAGUCCUGAGGUUCUUGUCUCUGAAAUUUUGAACAAGCUUGCUUCAACAUUGCAUGCUUUCUUCACAGCUCUUGUCAAGGGAUUUACAUCAUCCAACCGUCGUAGAGUUGACUCUGGAUCAUUGAAUUCUGCCUCAAAAGCUCUUGGAACUGCUGUAUCCAAAAUAUUUCUUGAUGCUCUUAGUUUCUCGGGGCAUUCUAGUUCAUCAGGACUUGAUAUUUCCUUGCCAGUGAAGUGUCAAUAUCUUGGAAAGGUUGUAGAUGAUAUGGCAGCACUUACAUUUGAUGGCAGAAAGCGUACUUGUUAUUCAGCUAUGAUUAAUAACUUCUAUGUACAUGGUACCUUCAAGGAGCUAAUUACAACAUUUCAGGCUACAAGUCAAUUGCUAUGGUCACUACCAUAUUCUGUUCAAAAUUCAGCAGUUGACCAUGAGACGACAAAUGAAGAAAGCAACUUGUCUCAUAGUCCAUGGCUAUUUGAUACGAUACAGGGUUACUGUCGUGUGCUUGAGUAUUUUGUUAGUUCUACGCUACUUUUGUCUCCAAAUUCGGCAUCCCAAGUGCAACAGCUCAUUCAACCUGUGGCUGUUGGUCUGUCCAUUGGAUUGUUUCCUGUGCCAAGGGACCCUGAAGUUUUUGUUCGAAUGCUGCAGGCCCAAGUUCUUGAUGUGUUACUACCUAUCUGGAAUCAUCCCAAUUUUCCAAACUGUAAUCCGUCAUUCAUUGCUUCCAUUGUUUCUCUUGUUACACACAUAUAUUCUGGUGUUAGUGAUGUUAAACGAAAUCACAAUAGAAUUGCUGGGACCACUAACCCACGGUUCAUUCCCCCACCACCCAAUGAAGCUACUAUUGAUACAAUGGUUGAGAUGGGUUUUACAAGGGAAAGAGCAGAGGAGGCAUUGAGAAGGGUGGGAAUAAAUAGCGUGGAGAUGGCAAUGGAGUGGCUAUUUACUCAUGCUGAGGAUCCUGUGCAGGAAGACGAUGAACUUGCUCGUGCCCUUGCACUAUCAAUGGGGAAUUCAUCAGAAUCAUCUAAAGUAGAUAAUGGUGACAAAUCUAUGGAUGUAUUGACUGAUGAGGGGCAUGCAAAGGCACCUCCCAUUGAUGAUAUUCUGGCUGCAUCGUUGAGAUUAUUCCAGAGUAGUGACAAAAUGGCAUUCACAUUAACAGAUUUGCUUGUGACUCUCUGCAACCAGAACAAGGGUGAAGAUCGUCCCAGAGUGAUGUCUUAUCUUAUUCAUCAGUUAAAGCUUUGCCCCUUGGAUUUGACAAAGGAUAAUGGAGCUUUAAGUAUGUUAUUGCAUAUUAUUGCGUUGCUUCUUUUUGAGGAUUGGAAUGCUCGUAAAAUUGCUGCACAAGAGGGCAUUGUAUCUGUUGUUAUAGAUAUUCUGACAAAUUUCAAGUCUAGAAAUGCUGCUGCUCCUGCGGCUUCAUUACCAAAAUGUGUAAGUGCUUUAUUGCUAAUCUUGGACAGCAUGUUACAGUGUCGACCCAAAAUUAUUUCUGAAAAUACUGUUGGUUCUCCAGUGGGUUCUCCACCUGAUUUGUCUGGUGGUGGGCAACUACCCAUGUUAGCACCUAUGUCCAUUGGAGAUGAUAAAACUGAUAAAACUACUCUAAAUGCUGAUAAUAAAGAAUCUGGGUCAGUAUUUGAGAAUGUACUGGGAAAGCCUACAGGUUAUUUAACUGCUGAUGAGUGUAUUCAGAUGAUGCUGUUUGCAUGUGACUUGAUAAAACAACGUGUUCCUGGAGUAAUCAUGCAAGCAGUCCUACAGCUAUGUGCACGGUUGACAAAAAUUCAUGCUCUUGCUUUGCAGUUUCUUGAAAAUGGAGGUCUGGUUGAACUCUUUAAUCUUCCAAGAACUUGUUUCUUUCCUGGUUAUGACACUCUGGCUUCUGCUAUUGUUCGACAUCUUCUUGAAGACCCUCAGACUCUUCAAACAGCAAUGGAAAUGGAAAUACGGCAAAUUUUGGGUGGAAGGCGGCAUGCUGAGCGUACAACUGCCUGUAAUUUCUUGGCUUCAAUGUCAGCUGUUAUUUCCAGAGAUCCCAUGGUUUUCAUGAAAGCCUCAGCUGCAGUUUGUCAGUUGGAGACAUCAGGUGGCCAUACUUUUGUUGUUUUAUCAAAGGAAAGGGAGAAAGAAAAGGAGAAAGAAAAUGAGGAGAGAUCAAAAGUAUCUGGAACGGAAGUUGGAUUGUCUUCAAAUGAAAGUGUCAAGAUAUCUGAAAAUAAGAUUUAUGAUGGAUCAGGGAAAUACUCCAAAAAUCACAAGAAGAUUCCUGCAAAUCUCACUCAAGUAAUCAACCAACUUAUUGAAAUUGUUGUCAAGUACCCGUUGGCACAAAACCGGGCGGAUUCUGUUAGUAAUUUCUGUUCUAUGGAGGUAGAUGAACCUGAUACCAAGGUAAAGGGUAAAUCAAAAGCUGUGGAUAAAAACAAUUUAGAGGAUGAAUCUGAAAAAUCUACUGGACUGGCUAAAGUGACUUUUGUUCUUAAAUUGUUGAGUGACAUCCUUCUGAUGUAUGUGCAUGCUGUAGGGGUCAUUCUUAGACGUGAUUCUGAAAUGUGUCAACUUCGAGACUGUAAUCAUUUGGAUAGUGCUGGACAAGGUGGGAUUAUUUACCAUAUUUUGCAACGAUUACUUCCUCUUUCAGUCGAUAAAUCUGCAGGACCUGAUGAAUGGAGAGACAAGCUAUCUGAAAAAGCUUCUUAUUAUCUCGUGGUUCUUUGUGGUCGUUCUAGUGAAGGUCGUAAACGAGUAAUUAAUGAGCUUGUGAAAGCAUUAUCUUUUUUUUCCAGCUCUGAAAGCAGCUCGAAUAAGAACUCUGUCUUGCCGGAUAAAAGAAUUUUUGCCUUUUCUAAUUUGGCAUAUUCUAUAUUGUCCAAAAAUUCUUCUUCCAGUAACUUGCCAGGUUCAGGCUGCUCACCUGACAUUGCUAAAAGCAUGAUUGAUGGAGGAAUGGUUCAAUGUCUGACUAAUAUUUUACAAGUGGUUGAUCUGGACCACCCUGAUGCUCCUAAAAUUGUGAACCUUAUAUUGAAGGCUCUGGAAAGCCUGACGAGAGCUGCCAAUGCCAGUGAGCAAAUAAUGAAGUCUGAUGGAAUGGUGAAAAAAAAAUCUUCAGGGUUAAAUGAGAGGCUUGGUGACCAGAUAAAUACAGUCUCAACUGAUGACACUAUUGGGCAAAACCAAAAUGCUGGCAGUCAACAGUUGGUCAGAGAGGCAGCUGAAAAUAAUCAGCAAGAAUUUGCUACUGCUCAAAAUGAUGGCAAUGUACACACUCAAUCAAAUUGGUCCCUUGAGCGGGAAAUGAGAUUAGAAGUGGAAGGGACAAUGGCUGCAAACCUGCAUAUGGACCUUGGAACGGAGUUUAUGCGUGAGGAGAUGGGAGAAGCUGGCGUCUUGCACAAUUUGGACCAAAUUGAGAUGAGCUUUCAUGUAGAGAACAGGGCAGAUGAGGAGAUGGGUGAUGAAGAUGAUGAUGCAGAAGAUGAUGAUGACGACGAUGAUGGGGAGGAUGUGGAUGAGGAUAUAGCUGAAGAUGAUGGUGGAAUGAUGUCCCUGCCAGAUACUGAUGAUACCAGACUGGCAGAUGACUACAAUGAUGAAAUGGUAGAUGAAGAGGAUGAUGAUUUUCAUGAGAAUAGAGUCAUUGAGAACAGGUGGAGGGAGGCACUUGAUGGAUUGGAUCAUCUACAGGUACUUGGGCAGCCUGGAGGUGCUAGUGGGCUUGUUGACGUUGCUACUGAACCUUUUGAAAAUGUUGAUGACCUUUUUCGUUUCCGGAGGCCUCUAUACUUUGAACGCCGCCAUCAGACUGGUAGGUCCUCCUUUGAGCGAUCUGUUGUUGAAGUGAAUGGUUUCCAGCAUCCUCUAUUACUUAGGCCAUCCCAGUCAGGAGAUAUGGUGUCGAUGCGGUCAUCUACUGGGAAUUUAUCUCGUGACUUGGAUACUUUAUCAUCUGGGAGUUAUGAUGCAUCCAACUUUUAUGUGUUCGAUGCUCCCGUUUUUCCAUACAACCAUGUGGAAAAUAAUUUAUUUGGUGGUGCGGCUCCACCUCCCUUGGCUGACUAUCCUAUCGGUAUACAUUCAUUGCCUUUUGCAGGAAGAAGAGGGCUGGGUAAUGGUCGUUGGACUGAUGAUGGUCAACCUCAAGGAAGUACUCAGGCUAUUACAGUUGCUCAGGCUGUUGAGGAAUUGUUUGUAUCUUAUAUGCAUAGCAUUAUGCCUGCAGAAAGACUGCCUCAAAAUUUAGGAGUUCAGGAUAAACAACUGGAUACCCUUCCGUCCAUUAAUAAUCGAGUAGUAGCAGAAUCUGGUAAUGCUAGAAGUCAACAAAACGACGACCAGAAUCCAGAUAACUCUGUUGAAGCCUCACAUCAUGAAACAAAUGUAACUGUUGAGAGUGCUAUUUCCCAUCACGUCAAUUCAGAAUCUAUAAUUGAAGAAGCUGUGGAAAAUGUGCAGGAGCAUGAACCUAUGUCUAUUCAACCUCAUGCACCGGAUAUUACAUUGAGUGAACAUGACAGGAUGGAUAUGGGAGAACAAAAUGGUGCUUCUGAUCAGCAGAUUGAGACAUUACCUCAGUUCGACAACCUGGAUUGUGAUGGAACUUUUGAACUGCCUACAGAUCUUCAUGAAAUGCCAUCUCAGGCCAUAUACCGUCCUGGUUCUUCUGAAAUGGAUGCCGUUGAUGGGAAUCAUGUAGUAUCGAACUUUGGAUUAGAGACGCCUAAUCCUGGUGAUUGCCAGGUCUCUUCUGCUGGUGCAAGUGUUAAUGUUGACAUGAAUGAUAAUGAUGCUGAAGAAAUUCUUACUGAGCAACAUAUUCCAACAUCUGAGAACGGUAGAGGUGGGUCAACUUCAGAGCAAAAUGUGCAGGUUGCUCCGGAUGUUAACCAGGCAGAUCAAAGUAGAAUGAGUAAUGAAGCCUCUGGUGCUAAUGCUUUAGAUCCUACUUUUUUAGAGGCAUUACCUGAGGACUUGCGAGCAGAAGUUCUUGCAUCACAGCAAGCUCAGCCCAUUCAACCUCCUACUUAUGCUCUACCCUCAGCGAAUGAUAUUGAUCCUGAAUUCUUAGCGGCACUUCCUCCUGGUAUCCAAGCAGAAGUCUUGGCCCAGCAGAGAGCACAGAGUGUUGCUCAGCAGGCAGAGGGACAACCAGUUGAUAUGGAUAAUGUUUCUAUCAUUGCUACACUUCCUGCUAAUUUGCGGCAAGAAGUUCUGUUAAACUCCUCGGAGGCAGUUUUGUCAGCACUCCCUUCUUCAUUGCUAGCUGAAGCUCAGAUGCUUAGAGAUCGAGCAAUGAGUCACUAUCAGGCUGGCACUCUCUUCAGUAACACCCAAAGACUGGGCAAUCGAAGGAAUGGCCGCCUCGGUUUCAAUAGGCAGACAGUGAUGGACAGGGGUGUUGGAGUUACAAUUGGUGGUAGAACAGCUUCUGCCAUUGCAGAUAGCCUGACGAUGAAAGAAAUUGAAGGCGAACCACUUCUGGAUGGAAAAUCGUUAAAAUCUUUAAUACGACUUCUAAGAUUAGCCCAGCCGCUUGGAAAAGGUCUAUUGCAGAGACUUUUGUUUAACCUUUGUGCUCAUAGUGUUACAAGGACAAUUCUAGUUUACCUUUUACUAGAUAUGAUCAAUUCCGAGGCUGAAGGUUUUGUGGGUGGAGUUGCAACAAUCAAUUCUCAGAGGCUUUAUGGUUGUCAGUCGAAUGUUGUUUAUGGUCAAUCACAGUCGGAUGGUCUUCCUCCUUUGGUGUUGCGUCGUAUUCUUGAGAUUUUAACUUAUUUGGCUACAAAUCAUUCUUCUGUUGCCAAUAUGUUAUUCUACUUCGACCUGGAGGCUUUCCCUGAGGAUUUGAGUUCUACAUUCAUGGAAACUAAGAAGGGGAAGGAGAAAGUUGUGGCAGGACUUCUAUCAAGUAAUGUAAAAAAGUGUCGAGCUGGAAUUGUUCCUUUGGUUCUAUUCCUGAAGCUUUUGAAUCGACCACUUUUCUUGCGUAGUGUUGUGCGUCUUGAACAGGUUAUGUGCCUCCUUCAAGUAGUUGUUCAUAUUGCAUCAUCAAAACUAGAGCAUCAGUCCCGGUCUGAACAUGGAACAGGAAAUCCCCCUAUUUUGCCUGUUAAUGAAGCUAGUGUUGUUUCAAAGUAUCCUGCUUUGCCUGAGGGAGAAUCAAAGCAAGAAAGAAGUGAUGCUGCUGGGUCAACUUCAGGUGGAAAAAGGAGUAAUGACAUACAUAAUAUCUUCUUGCUACUGCCGCAGUCUGUUUUGUGCAAUUUAUGCGCACUUCUUGGCCGCGAGGGGCUUUCUGAUAAAGUAUAUGCGCUAGCUGGUGAGAUACUGAAAAAGUUGUCCUCAGUUGUGGCACCCCAUCGAAAAUUCUUCAUGUCAGAACUCUCAGAACUUGCUAAUGGCUUGAGCAGCUCUGCUAUCAGCGAGCUUGUUACCUUGAAGAAUACGAACAUGUUAGGUUUAAGUGCUAGUUCAAUGGCUGGGGCAGCAAUUGUACGUGUUUUGCAGGUUCUAAGUUCACUUACUUCCCCUUGUGCGAGGGAGACCAUAAAUUCAGUGUGUGACAUUGAAUUAGAGGAGCAAGCCAUCAUGUGGAGGUUGAAUGUGGAACUAGAGCCAUUGUGGCAAACAUUAAGUGAUUGUAUAAGUGUGAUUGAGACACAACUGUCUCAGAGCUCCUCUUUCACUACGCCAAUUAAUGUUGGGGGGCUACUCCAGGGCACUAUCUCUUCCUCUCCUCUACCUCCUGGAGGUCAGAGACUCCUGCCAUUCAUUGAGGCUUUCUUUGUUUUGUCUGAAAAGCUUCAAGCAAAUCUAUCCAUUUUGCAACAAGAUCAUGCCAAUAUUACUGCAAGAGAGGUCAAAGAGUCUGCUGGCAGUUCAGACACAUUAAGCAUGAAGGGUGCUGAUUAUCAGAAAAAGUCUGAUGGUGCUGUUACAUUUACAAGAUUUUCUGAGAGGCAUCGCCGUCUUUUGAAUGCUUUUAUUAGACAAAACCCAGGCUUAUUAGAGAAGUCACUUUCAAUAUUGUUGAAGGCUCCUAGGCUGAUUGAUUUUGAUAAUAAGAGAGCCUAUUUCCGUUCAAGAAUUAGGCAACAGAAUAAGCAACAUAUUUCUGGUCCAUUGCAGAUCAGUGUUCGUCGGGCCUAUAUUUUGGAGGAUUCAUAUAAUCAGUUGCGUAAGCGUCCAACUCAAGAUUUGAGAGGACGGUUGACUGUGCAGUUUCAAGGUGAAGAGGGUGUUGAUGCGGGUGGCCUGACAAGAGAAUGGUAUCAGUUACUUUCAAGGGUUAUUUUUGACAAGGGAGCCUUGCUAUUCACUACAGUUGGAAAUAAUGUAACUUUCCAGCCAAAUCCAAAUUCUGUCUACCAAACAGAACAUCUUUCCUACUUUAAAUUCGUUGGCCGUGUGGUUGCAAAGGCCCUGUUUGAUGGGCAACUUUUGGAUGUUUAUUUCACAAGAUCUUUCUACAUGCACAUUCUUGGGGUUAAGGUGACUUACCAUGAUAUAGAAGCAGUCGAUCCUGAUUAUUAUAAGAACUUGAAGUGGAUGCUGGAGAACGAUGUGAGUGACAUUCCUGAUCUUACAUUUAGCAUGGAUGCAGACGAGGAGAAGCACAUUCUUUAUGAGAAAAAUGAGGUCACUGAUUACGAGCUUAAGCCAGGAGGAAGAAAUAUAAGGGUUACUGAAGAAACAAAGCAUGAAUAUGUAGACCUUGUCGCAGAUCAUAUUUUAACCAAUGCUAUCCGCCCUCAGAUUAACUCAUUUCUAGAUGGUUUUAACGAGCUCGUGCCUCGAGAACUUAUUUCUAUUUUUAACGACAAAGAGCUUGAGUUACUCAUCAGUGGGCUUCCAGAAAUUGAUUUGGAUGAUUUGAAGGCAAACACAGAGUAUACUGUCUACACAGCUGCAUCAAGUGUUGUGCAGUGGUUUUGGGAGGUAGUUAAAUCCUUUAGUAAGGAAGACAUGGCAAGAUUGCUGCAGUUUGUGACUGGAACAUCAAAGGUUCCACUGGAGGGUUUUAAAGCUUUGCAAGGUAUCUCUGGGCCUCAAAGGUUUCACAUUCACAAGACAUAUGGAGCUCCUGAUAGGUUACCAUCAGCCCAUACAUGCUUUAAUCAACUAGAUCUUCCCGAGUACUCAUCAAAGGAGCAGCUUCAGGAACGCUUGAUGCUUGCCAUUCACGAAGCCAGUGAAGGAUUCGGCUUUGGUUGAGCCAUGGUUCGAUUUGCAUUUGGAGACCAAUGUUAUCUGAAAUUGCCAUGUACAUGUUAGUGAAAUACAAAAUUGAUGGGCAGCCCCGGCAUUGGAAAACUUGCAAGGAUCGAUCGAGUUCUCUGGAAGAUAAAUAAAAAGCUUGCAACCGAGCAGACAGAUUACUGUGGGUUCGUUUGAAGACUUUGACGUGCAGAUCACUCGCUCCUCUUGCAGCCAACAAACUAAACUACGUCUGAGGAGUAGUCGGCCUUGUUAUGUUUCUGUAUAUAAACGUCAGGUGGUCAGAUUUGGUGGAAAACAACAGAAACAAGCAUAGCCAUAGCCAGCUUGAGCUUGUUCCUAGGGAUAAUUUGUUGAGCUUUUUGUCCUUAUUUCAAGGGGCCAUUGUUCUUAGUUUCUUUCUUUUAAAUGAUUGGUGAGAGGUAAGGGGAUUUUGUUUCUAAUAUUUCUACUAACUUUGUAUAUUGGUAUUGGUAAUUCUUUCUUAUUGGUUUAAUAAGAAAAAAAAAAAAAAAA